AUGACGAUUAGAGUUUUAGUUAGUUUAGAAACACGAGGAGACUUUCCGAUUCUCGACCAAAAGACAGAGUCAGGCGCCCAGCUGGUGUAUCUGGACAACGCGGCGACGUCCCAGAAGCCGAAUCAAGUCGUCGACGCGCACAUGUUUUACUACAAGGAUUAUAACUCCAAUGUCCAUCGAGGGGUGCACUAUCUGAGCAGCAAGGCCACGGAUGCGUACGAGUUGUCGCGGAGAAAGGUGGCGGCGUUUGUCAACGCGACGACGGAUAGGGAAAUCGUCUUCACGAGAAACGCGAGCGAGGCGAUCAAUCUGGUGGCCAACACGUGGGGGACCAAGCACAUCAAAGCCGGUGACGAGAUAAUUUUGAGCGUUUUAGAGCACCACUCAAAUAUCGUCCCGUGGCAACUGCUCGCUGAGCGGACGGGGUGCGUGUUGAAAUUCGUUGAAUUGACGAAGGAUACGCAGGAACUGGACAUGGAUCAGCUUCGCUCUUUGGUGAACGAAAAGACGAGGCUCAUCACGACGGCGCACGUGAGUAAUGUCACCGGUGGUGUGGCACCAGUGAAGGAAAUUAUCGAUCUCGCUCGAGGCGUCGGCGCCAAGGUGCUUCUCGACGCGUGCCAAAGCUUGCCGCACAUGAAGGUGGACGUGCAAGCGCUCGGUGCGGAUUGGAUCGUGGGUAGCUCGCACAAAAUGUGCGGACCGACUGGUAUCGGAUUUUUGUGGGGUCGUAUGGACGUCUUAGAGACCAUGCCGCCGUGGAUGGGAGGCGGCGAGAUGAUCGCCGACGUGUACCUCGAAAAGAGCACGUACGCCGAACCUCCGUCACGGUUCGAGGCUGGGACGCCCGCGAUAGCUGAGGCCAUUGCCUUGGGCGAGGCGUGCGACUACCUCACAAAAAUAGGCAUGGAUAGAAUCCACGACUACGAGAUCGAGAUCGGGACGUACCUGUACGAAAAGCUCUCCGCCGUCCCUGGAGUGACGAUAUACGGCCCUCCGCCCGCGCGCGGCCGAGCCUCGCUUUGCGCUUUCAACGUCGACGGCAUUCACGCCAACGACCUUUGCACCUUACUAGACCAAGCGGGAAUCGCGUGUCGCAGCGGUCACCACUGCACUCAGCCCCUCCACCGUUACCUCGACGUUCCCGGGAGCGCUCGCGCCAGCCUCUACUUUUACAACCUCCCGAGCGACGUCGACGCCUUCAUCGACGCCUUGACAUCCACAAUCGCGUUCUUCGCCGAGUUUGAAGAAUAAUA